GUGCCGCCCCUGCAGCGCUGAGCCCUUCCGGGAUACCGCGACGGAUGCUUCGCGCUGUCCGGUGGCGGCCCGCGGGCCCCUAAGCUGAGGACAGUCUCCGAAGGGGCCGGCGCCAUGGGACGGCGCGCAGAGGGGGCGACUGGCUGCUCGCGGAGUCCCCGGAGCGCACGCGCAGGGCUGCCCCUGACGCUGCUGCUGCUGCUAGGGCUGGUGCCCCAGCGCCCUGCAGAGAGUCCCUGGGGGCUGCCCAUUGUGGAUGAUGAUGCAGCAUCCAUGGCAAAGGAGCUGAUUGCACAACUGGCCAGCCUGAAGUUAGAAUUCAAGCCAUGGCCUGGAGGGACCCAUUCUCUCCACUACCACUACCUGACUCUGUCAGAACCAGGCUCAGCCCUCCCUGACUUUCUGGCUGUGGGCUAUGUGGAUGACCAGCCCUUCAUCCAGUAUGACAGUCGCCUGGGCAGGGCCAAGCCCCAGGCCCUAUGGGUGGCACCUGUAGAGGCCCAGUACUGGGAGACGGAGACCCAGAAGCAGAGGGGCUGGGAGAAGGUGCAGCAGGUGGAGAUUUGGACUAUGAUGAGAUACCACAACCGGAGCAGCGGCUUGCACAGUAUACAGCGCUCAUUCGGCUGUGAGAUCCAGGAGGACGGCAGCACCAGCAUCUUCUGGCAGUUUGGCUUUGAUGGGCAGGACCACCUGUCACUAGACCUGGAGACACUGAGCUGGGUGUCAGCUGAGCCUGCAGCCAUACAAACCAAGCCCUGGUUGGAGAGGGAGCGUUGCUAUGCUGAGUAUGACAAAGCCUACUUGGAGGGCCUCUGCCUCACCUCCCUGCACAGAUACCUGCAGUUGGGUGGCCAGAAUCUCACCCGCCAAGAGCCACCUAAGGUACAAGUGACAAAGCACCUGGCCCAGGAUGGGUGUGCCAUACUGAGGUGUUGGGCCCUGGGCUUCUACCCAAAGGACAUAACACUGAGCUGGUGGCUAGGUGGGGAAGAGCUGACUCUAGAGACUGAGCAGGUGGAGACACGGCCCAGCGGUGAUGGCACCUACCAGACAUGGGUAGCUGUGCAUGUGUGCAAGGGUGUGGCAGAAACCCAGUACACUUGCCAUGUGCAGCACCCCAGCCUGAACAGCACACUCACUGUGGCCUGGGAACCAUCUUCUUGUUGUGGACCCAAAGAUGUGAUUAUCAUCACCAGUUUCUUUGUUGCCUUAUUGGUGGCUGGCAUUCUGUUUUGGAAAACAUGGCUUCGAGCCAAGAAUAAGACAUCUUACAAGCAAGCCCCAGGUGGAGAAGACCUCCAUAAAUCCCAAGGGCCAGUGACAGAAGGGGCUGCCCAGCAUAUCUGCUGAUGGAUGUUCACUGCUACAAGACCAAGGAGGGGUUUUGUGGGGUGUUUGAGGAGCUGGGGUUCCCUGUACUGACUGGCUGACAACUGUCACUUGACCAUUAAGUACCUAUGCCUUUCAAAACCUUAGCUCUCCUCUCUCCCAUUAGCCUUGUCCUGAAGUCCUUUUUAAAAAAUCCAAUUGCUUCCUCUUCAGUAGAUUGGGGUGUGUUUCAGUUUGCUAAAGCUGCCAGAAUGAAAUAUACCAGAAAUGGAUUUGCUUUUACAAUGGAGAUUUAUUGGUUUACAAAUUUACAGUUCUAAGGCCAUGAAAAUGUCCAAAUUAAUAGAUCA